GCUCAUGCAGAAAAGCUUUGACGACCUAUUAUCUUACUUACACUAUAUUCCUUGCGCCCUGAUGAAGCAUAAUGUUGAGUUUCUUCAGCCUCUGACUCUACUUGGUGCAUUAGGACGGUUCUAAGGAUCGCUUGACUGCAUUAUGGAGCUAGGAAGCAUGCGCAGUUUGGUGUAUGUUUUUGCAAUAACGCUGACGGCACAGCUAUUGGUACAGGCCGGCUGCAAACCAAGCUUUUUCACGUUAAACAGACCAGACAAUCAACUUCAAAAAUUUAGGAAGAUGCCCCGACGGUUGAGAUGCAGAGGUUAUCAUUCCAGCUGCGUGCCAUGGAGUAAAAACCCCGUCACAAGUUGCUGUACACAAGACAAUCUGACUUGCAAAUGUAAUUUGUGGAUGCAAAACUGCAAGUGUACUAGCAAGAUGUGGGGUAGAUAACGCACGGGACCGAAGAGAGUAGACAGCGCCACUUGUCGGCGUUUAGUUCCUCUGCCCGAACGUCCACUACCGCCAUGUGUCUCUGUCACCGGAAUGCUCACGCAGAUGUAUACUUUGUAUACGCAUGCCUAUCUCGACCGCACUUACAUGCUGUUAAACUAAAAUAUUUCGUUACAAACUAAACUAUAAUUUCGUCAAUCAGAAAUAAUGGUAUUUUGUAGCAUGAACUGCGAUGUAAUUCAGUGGUCUAUAUAUUAUAUGCCCUUAGAAUAAAAGGUCUAUAAUGUCGGCUUCGAACGGAUAACUUUUGCUUCAACACUGACUUCAAACUGAGGGAAAACUUCGUGACUUCAGAAUAAGAAUAUGAUGUGGGUUUCAUCUGAGGAACUUUCUGGUUUAAAAAACACAAAACGCUCUUGGCUUAUUAAGUGAAAAAUAGUGUCCUGCAACUCAACUUAUCGGGGAAAAAAGUAUUAAGAAGUUCCCUCCCUUGAUUUAUAGGUGAAAUUACAUGGACAGAACGCCCAUAUAAACAAUAUGUUUUGCGUUACCGUAAAAGAUUACGAACUUCCGGUCCAUGAAGGUUGGUGAUGGGUCGAGAUGACACGGAGCCUUUUGUAAAGUACAAAAUAAAAGCAAAAGUGUGGGUUGAAUGUGUAAUUCUCUAGCCAAAGAUCUGUGUUUUUACCUAUCAGAUAGGCCUAACCUGGGUACUCUGCUGACAUAUCGCCAUCAUUUGAAACUUGACUGUUACGACCGAAGUACAUUGUAUCUCCACAAAUUUAUUAUUUAUUUCCUGUUUUUAUUUAGUCAUCAUCUUUCUUUGCCCGUUGUCACGUUGUUAGUGACAAGUAUAUUUACUAAUAAACAGUUCUGUUCAACUGUC